AGCCCUCUAUUGUUAAUGACGGGAGGCCAAAGCCAUUGUUUCAAUGAACCCUCAUUGGAGGUCCAGGUCACGUGCAAUGACACCCAUUUCCAGUUUAAACAGUUGCUGUCGAGCUUCAAGAGUUAUUCCGACCGAGACUUGGAGUUUAACCUCGGGCAGAAAUUUCAGCACCCUACGGUAGACGGACGGACAGUCGUGAGUAUCGUCACAUUGGACGACGACGGUCGAUUAAUCCAGCAGGAUACAGCCACUAAACCAGACCAGAAAGACACGACACUCAUCCGUGAGAUUAAUGAAGAGGGUGACUUGGUAAUGAACUACAAAGUGGAUGACGUUAUCUACACACGAAUUUACCAGCGGAUAUCCUAGUCCAUCGUCAAACAAUGUGUUGCGGAUAAGAAUGACAAGGCAGUGUGCCUCGUCCACUGAUGUCUCGUUAUCAAAUCUCGCAAGAAAGUCAAAGUUCGUCUUAAAAAAAAAGUAAGGAUUUCGCAACCACUUGCGCUACAAACCGAAGGAGACAUUAACAAAAAUAAAAACAUUAAUUUGAUGGCGUAAUUCUUUUUUGAACAAAAUGUGUUAUUUAACAAGAGUAGUUCAACGGGUUUAGUUUAGUUAUAUUAUUUUCAUGCAAAAUGCUGACUAACCGUUUUACCAAUAAAUGUCAGUCGCGACCAAACAAAUAUUUUUGACAACCAUUGAUUGAACGAAAUUGCAAUAUACAUGGAACUAUGUUUCACAUUAAUGGUACAAAUGUUACAGUACUGACGAGUCUAGAUAAUCACCUUUUCGGAUGAUCCUUAGCCAACCCAAAUUCCUCAAAAUUAGGUUAACCACUGCAACGGUGUUAGGGUAUAGAGAUGGACUUUCGGUUAGCGAACGAAAAGUUUAUUUUGUAAUGAAAUGGACCGUAAUGGAGCUUCCCUGAGCUGAGAUCAUAGCCUAAUAAAGAAAGAAACGCAUGCUCGCAUUGCCCGGCACUGUACUCACAAAAAAUCGAGUCAACGAAGCUGCAUAUUUUACAUGAUUGUAAUUAAUUGCGCAGAAGAAAAUACAAUCUUCUGCGCACGAUUUUUGAUAAUUAAUACACAU